GUCUCAGUUUGUGAACUCUCUAGACCUCCAUUUCUGCUCGUAAUCUAAGAAAGGGGAAGAUCGUUCUUUGGUGCUAUGGCGAAGAAGUGUUACCCGAAGGUGAGCGAGGAGUAUCAGAAAGCAGUGGAGAAAUGCAAGAAGAAGCUUCGAGGACUCAUCGCGGAGAAAAACUGUGCUCCGAUCAUCCUUCGUUUGGCAUGGCACUCGGCUGGUACUUUUGAUGUGGAAACGAAGACGGGAGGGCCAUUUGGGACGAUCAGGCACCCGGACGAGCUUGCCCAUGAAGCAAACAAUGGUCUUGAUAUAGCUGUUAGGCUUCUGGAACCCAUCAAGGAGCAGUUUCCCAUUUUGUCUUAUGCAGAUUUCUACCAGCUGGCUGGAGUUGUUGCAGUUGAAGUCACAGGAGGGCCUGAAAUUCCAUUCCAUCCCGGAAGACCAGACAAAAAUGAACCACCUCCAGAAGGUCGUUUGCCUGAAGCCACCAAAGGUUCAGACCAUCUGAGAGAUGUCUUCGGCCACAUGGGCCUUAGUGAUAAAGACAUUGUUGCCUUGUCUGGUGGUCACACCCUGGGUAGGUGCCACAAGGAGCGUUCUGGAUUUGAAGGUCCCUGGACUACCGACCCUCUCAUUUUUGAUAACACCUAUUUCAAGGAGCUUCUCAGUGGAGAGAAUGAAGGCCUUAUCCAGCUACCAACAGACAAAGCCCUUCUUGAGGAUCCUGUCUUCCGCCCUCUUGUCGAGAAAUAUGCUGCAGAUGAGGAUGCUUUUUUUGCUGAUUAUGCUGAGUCUCAUUUGAAGCUCUCGGAGCUAGGAUUUGCAGAUGCUGACUAAGGUAGAAAUGAUGUGUUAUGCUGGAAGUGCAGAGUUGGUGUGGAUUGUGUUGUGUUGUGCUACCUUUGUGAAUUGGCUGUGGAUGUAAUACAAUGAUAAGUAUGAGUGUGUGACUGUAAUCUGUAUGUUCCACUGAAUAUUAAUGUUAAUUUUAUGAGUAUAUAUAGCUGCAUGUGCAAUUCUGCCAUUCUGGUUUGGCAUUCUUUCCAAAAAAAAAAAAGUACUAGACUUUAC